AUGAUCAAUCUACGAAAAGACAUAACAAGCCAGAAGGUCAUCACUGCAGUGAAAGGAAUAUAUGCCCGUUGGGGAAUCUCAGAGACUGUGGUUUCAGACAACAGACCACAGUUCGCAUCCCGUCAAUUCAGAUUGUUUGCCGCAGAGUAUGGAUUUCAACAUGUAACGACAAGUCAACACUAUCCUCAAGGAAACGGUGAAGCAGAGCGUGCUGUCCAAACAGCGAAAACUAUGUUACGCCAAAAUGAUCCUGUGCUAGCACUGAUGAUAUAUAGGUCAACACCAAUCGAAGCAACAGGAUACAGCCGAGCACAAAUGAUAAUGGGACGUCAACCAAGAACAACAUUGCCGACACUUGCAAAGAAAUUGCAACCAAAAUGGCCGGAUAUGCAUAAAGUGAAAGACAACGACACUGUAGCAAAGAAGCGAUAA